AUGGACGUGGACCUCCACGGACAUCCUCCAAGUACGGCAGCGUCGGCGGUGGCCGCAUCUAGGAAGCAUACGGGACUCUACAGCGUCUACGACAACAACAGCACUCAUGUCCACUUAAUGAGCAGCGAAGAGCCUUCUGACUACGACGACUUUGAGCUGGUGCUGAGCCUUCGGCAUGCGCGAGCCGAGCAAGAUGGAAUGGAUGACUCCGGAAAACAAGGUGGCAGCGAGAGCACCGGCGACGAAUUAGACUAUCUUCAAAUGCUACGGAACGCUCUGGCCAGUGGCUUCGCCAACAUGCCGAUCGCUCUGAGGAGAAAGCUGCUGAGUGCGGACAUCGCGCCGGAGUGCAACGCGGGCCUGCUACGUACCACGCGGGCCUUUCAAAACCUGGAACCUUGGGCACUAAGACUGUUGGAUGCGUCCGGCAAGUUCCCCACUGGCCUUCUGCAGGGUUCUCGUGUUGACCUGGGUGCCUUCGACGAAUGCCUCGAGACGGAAGUACGCGACAGCUACGGCGACGUGAUCACGCGUGCCCAGUACUGCAAUCUCCUUGUGUAUGUCGAGAACUCCACCGCAGUGGAAGGAAAAUUCGACAGCUUCUCCAGCGUCCUUCAUCCUAAGCUUCAAUAUUUCAAGAAUUAUUUUACCGUCGAAGAGCUUCCCGUCGUUCGCAUGGCGAUGUGCUUUGUGGAAGAAUGUAGCCAAAGGGAUUUGCAAGCUUUGGUUGACGCAAUGAAGCCUCCAUUGGUACGUCUUGAGGUCUCCAAUUGCGUCACGGCCCAAGUAGAACCGUGGAGUAACGCUCAACUCGGAAUUAUGAUGUUUUUGUGUGUACUUCUAGUCAUCAUUUCGGCCGCGACAUUUACAGACCAUAUGAUGAAGGUCAAGCCGAAAUUCAUAGGAAAACAUGGUGCACUUAGUGAGCUCAUCAAGGGCUUUUCUGCCUCGUCCAAUACACGCAUGUUGCUCCGCGUGGCCGACAAGUCAAACACUGACAUCUACUCCCUACAGUUCCUGCAUGGCAUGCGAUUCUUCUGCCUCGUCCACAUUGUGUUCGGUCACUGUGGUCAAACAAUGUCAGACAAUUGGUCACGUUACCUAAAUUUGCUCAUCGCAUCUGACCAAUGGACUUACAUGGUCUUAAGUGCUGGAUUCAGCAGCGUCGGAACCUUUUUCUUUCUCAGCGGCUUUUUUCUGUCCCUCACGGUCAGCAGGCAAAAGAGGAGUGGCCCGCUUGUCUUUAUCAUCGGCGUGAUCCGACGGCUUAUCAGGAUUGCCUUCCCGCUGUUCUUCGUAAUCAUGUGCUUAUACUUGAUGCCGCGCUUCGUCUUUGGACCGGACACCAAGUCCUUCUUUGACAAGCUAUACGAAGAUGUUGCCCAUCACUGGUGGCACUUGCUCCUCAUGAUCAGGAAUUUCACCGAGAUCACAAUUUGGGACGUUCUGCCCCAUCUGUGGUACCUGUCCACGGAUUUCCAGCUUUUCACUGUAUCUCUUGUGGUACUUUUGGCUUUCAAAAGUCGGAAAAUGCUGGCCGUGGGAGCAUUCCUUCUACUUUCUCUGUUCGGCUGCGCCGUUGGAGCUUGGGCAGUCGCUGGUUCUGACUUGCUGCCCUUUAUGAUCUUCCCAGGACCCAUUUUACAGUAA